AUGAAUAAGCUCAAUGUAUCAUCAGAAUGGUACACUUUAGAAACAGAUGGUGACGUUCUCACAUUUAUUGAUGGAGUUCAUGAAAAUGAGCAAAAAGAAUAUAGGUCAGAAUCUUUUUGGUUGUUGCUGGACGAUGUUGGUGGCAGAAAUAUGCCAAUUAUUCCUAAACAAACAUUUUUAUUGAAGCUAAACAAGAUAACAACUUAUUAUAUGCUCUUAUUGACGAUGAAUUUGUUGUGUCGCCGAGAAGAGGCAAUUCAUUCAAUCUUAACAAUUUCCACAACGGAUUCAAAAUAUUUAGAUAGAGUUUAUUAUAAACAAACAUAA